GGGAAGGAGCACGUGCGGAAAGAGCUGGUACCGGCUGGCGGUGCAGGUCACUCGGUCUCCUCACCAUGCCCACUGUCUAUCUUUCCCCUCAUCCGGAUAAUUUCCAGAAUCUCUGUGUGCUCGUUGCAGCACGUUAUGGCCGACAGGAGCCCAAGGUGGUCGAACUGCCUCCUGACAGAGAGCUGGGGAACCCUUCCUUCUCUGUGCCGAAACUCCCAGCUCUAGAAACCCAGGCGGGGGUCUACGUGUCCGGCCUGGCAGCCGUUUCUUACCUGCUGUUUCCAGAUCACAUGAGAGGGCAAAGCCCAAAUGCAAGCGCUCUGGUGCGACAGUGGAUCAGUUAUGCAAACUCAGAAAUUGCCCCUGCAGCUUGCACAGCAUCCUUCUCCCUGCUGGGCAUCUCCAAACAAAACAAACAGGUGUUGGAUCGUGCUGUGACAGAACUCCAGAAGAUCCUCGAGGUGUUGGAUGGUCACUUGAAGCUGCGGACGUACCUGGUUGGGGAGGCCGUGACCUUGGCUGACGUGACCGUGGCCUGCUCCCUGCUGCUGCCAUAUAAAUAUGUCCUAGACCAAGGUCUUCGCACUUCUUACACCAACGUCACUCGUUGGUUCCUGACGUGCAUCAACCAGCCAGAAUUUCAAGCUGUUCUCGGACCAGUGAGGCUGUGUGGCCAGUCCCCUAGUGCGGGGACCCCGUCCUUAGAGCUCAAAGAUCCUGCGUCAUGUCCCACAGGAGGGCUGUUAGAGCAGAGGCAGCUGAUGGAGCCGCCACCCAAAAGCGCGUCCCAGCUGAAGAAGGAGGCCAAGAAGAAAGAGAAACUGGAGAAGUUUCAGCAGAAGAAGGACAAGAGCCAGCAGCAGCAGGGGGAGAAGAAGCCAAAAGCUGAAAAGAAGGAGAAAAGGGAUCUUGGCGUUAUCACCUAUGACAUCCCGACCAGGCCUGGGGAGAAAAAAGAUGUCACCGGCCCAAUGCCCGACUCCUACAGCCCGCAGUAUGUCGAGGCCGCCUGGUACCAGUGGUGGGAGAGCCAGGGUUUCUUCAAACCAGAGUACGGGCGUUGCAGCAUCUCUGAGCCGAACCCCAAGGGCCUCUUCAUGAUGUGUAUCCCUCCGCCGAACGUCACGGGGUCUCUUCAUCUCGGGCAUGCGCUCACCAAUGCCAUCCAGGACUCCUUGACUCGAUGGCACCGGAUGCGGGGGGAGACCACCCUGUGGAACCCUGGCUGUGACCACGCGGGCAUCGCCACUCAGGUGGUGGUGGAGAAGAAGCUGUGGAAGGAGCAAGGCAAGACACGGCACGACCUCGGGCGCGAGGCUUUCAUCGAGGCGGUCUGGAAAUGGAAAAACGAAAAAGGCGAUCGAAUCUACCACCAGUUGAAGAAGCUUGGGGCCUCGAUGGACUGGGAUAGAGCUUGUUUCACCAUGGACCCGAAACUGUCUUACGCCGUCCAGGAGGCUUUCAUCCGGCUGCACGAGGAAGGGGUCAUUUACCGCAGUAAGCGCCUCGUCAAUUGGUCCUGCACCCUCAACUCGGCCAUCUCCGACAUCGAGGUGGAUAAGAAGGAGCUGACAGGCCGAACGCUCCUGCCCGUCCCCGGCUACAAAGAGAAGGUUGAAUUUGGGGUGCUGGUCUCCUUCGCUUACAAGAUCCAGGGCUCAGACGACGAAGUGGUGGUGGCUACAACCCGUAUCGAGACCAUGUUGGGGGAUACGGCAGUUGCGGUCCAUCCCGAGGAUCCCCGGUAUCAGCAUCUUCAUGGCCGGAAUGUCCUUCACCCCUUUACCGAACGGCUCUUGCCUAUUGUUUGUGAUGACUUUGUGGACAUGGAGUUCGGAACUGGUGCAGUGAAGAUCACUCCAGCUCACGAUCCCAACGACUACGAGGUCGGCCUGCGUCAUAGGCUCGAAUUCAUCACCAUCAUGGACGAGAACGGCUGUCUUGUCAACGUGCCCCCUCCUUUCUUGGGCAUGAAGCGAUUUGACGCCCGUCGAGCAGUGUUGGAAGCUCUGAAGGAAAAGGGUCAUUUUAGGGAGGUGAAGGACAACCCCAUGGUGGUACCAGUCUGCAGCCGCUCCAAAGAUGUGGUGGAGCCGCUCCUGAAGCCCCAGUGGUACGUGCGCUGUGACACGAUGGCCCAGGGGGCUGCUGAAGCAGUGCGCCGAGGUGACCUCCGCAUUGUGCCAGACUUCCACCUCAAAACCUGGUUCAACUGGAUGGAUAAUAUCAGGGACUGGUGCAUUUCUCGACAGCUGUGGUGGGGGCAUCGUAUUCCAGCAUAUUUUGUGACUAUUGACGACCCCUCAGUCCCUCCAGGCGAGGAUACUGACGGCAAGUAUUGGGUGAGUGGCCGAAGCGAACAAGAAGCAAAAGAGAAAGCUGCCAAAGUCUUCAAGGUGACCUCGGAUAAGAUCUCACUCCGGCAAGAUGAGGAUGUCCUGGACACCUGGUUCUCCUCUGGCCUGUUCCCGUUCUCCAUCUUUGGAUGGCCAAACCUUAGCGAAGAUCUUCACGUUUUUUAUCCUGGCACUCUUCUGGAGACUGGGCACGACAUUCUCUUCUUCUGGGUUGCCCGCAUGGUCAUGCUGGGCCUCAAGCUUACCGGGAAGCUGCCGUUCAGAGAGGUAUACCUUCACGCUGUUGUCAGAGACGCCCAUGGCAGGAAGAUGAGCAAAUCGCUGGGAAAUGUCAUAGAUCCGUUGGAUGUGAUCACUGGCAUUACGCUGGAGGGUUUGCACGCUCAAUUGCUAGAGAGCAAUUUGGACCCCGCAGAGACUGAGCGAGCGAAACAAGGACAGAAAUCCGAUUAUCCCAGUGGGAUCCCAGAAUGUGGCACUGAUGCGCUUCGAUUUGCUCUCUGUGCAUACACAUCUCAAGGCCGGGAUAUAAACCUGGACGUGAACCGGAUCUUGGGCUACCGCCAUUUCUGCAACAAGCUGUGGAACGCCACCAAAUUUGCCAUCCGCGGCCUUGGGGAUGGGUUCCGGCCACAGCCCAGCCCGGAGCCCAGUGGCGCCGAGAGCCUCGUUGACCGCUGGAUCUUGAGUCGCCUCAGCCAUGCCGUGGAGCUGUGCGGAACUGGAUUCCAAGCCUACGACUUCCCUGGCAUCACCACGGCGAUAUAUAACUUCUGGCUCUAUGAGCUUUGUGACGUCUACCUGGAGUGCCUAAAGCCUGUGUUCGCUGGUCCAGACGAAGCUGCCAUCCAGACAGCCCGGAAUGUUCUCUACACCUGCUUGGAUGCCGGCCUCCGUCUCCUCAGCCCCUUCAUGCCGUUUGUCACGGAGGAGCUGUUCCAGCGGCUGCCUCGGCGAUCUCCUUCCUUGGACGCCCCCAGCAUCUGUGUCACCUCUUACCCUACCACAGAGCAGUAUCGCUGGAGGAAUGAGGGCUUGGACAGCACUGUUGACUUCACUCUGAGCAUUGUGAGGGCCGUGCGGUCCCUCAGAGCGGAUUAUAACCUCACCAAGACCAAAGCUGACUGUUACUUGCAGUGCCUGGACUCGGAAACGGCGGAGGAUGUCACUCACUGCUCCGAUUACAUCCGCACCUUGUCUUCUUCCAACCGAGUGCUGGUUCUUGAGCCUGGACAGGCGCCCCCUCCUGGCUCCGCAGUAGCCAUUGCGUCCGACAGAUGCACCGUCCACCUUCUGCUCAAGGGUUUGAUUGACGCCGAGAAGGAGGUCUCGAAACUGGCAGGCAAAAAAGCCGAGUUGCAGAAGCAAAUCCUGCGGUUACGGGAGCGCAUGGACAGCCCAGACUACGCCACUAAGGUGCCCCCCAAAGUCCAGGAGGCGGAUGCCGCCAAGUUGAAACAAAGCGAGACUGAAUUGCAGAAGGCGGAAGAAGCCAUCGAGAAUUUCAAGAAGAUGAUCUGAAACUGAAGGGAGGAUCCGUGGGGUUGUUAAAACACCCUGAG